CAUUAAGUAGUCGCUACUGUAUUUUGUUGUUAACAUUUCAAUGUGCUCGUGUUCACGAAAUUGGAUUUGUACACGAUAUGUUACACAUGACAUGGCUGAAGGAACUACUGCUUCAGGAAUGUCCGAGACUACUAGUGAAUGCAGUCAGGUCAAAGAUCUGAUGGAUCAACCCUUAAGUGAUGGUGACACUUGGUAUCUGAUUGACCUUCAUUGGUUCAAUUUGUGGAAGAAAUAUGCCGGGUGGGAUAAGUGGGAUUCCAGCAAUGUUGGAGAUCUUACUAACCAUCCUGGAAAUAUUGAUAAUUCAGUUCUCAUGAAAGAAAACUCCAAGGAAUUGAAAGAACAUUUAACAGAAGAUAUUGAUUUUGCUUUGGUCCCUGAACCAGUUUGGAAGUUGCUUUUUCAGUGGUACCAGCUUGCUCCUGGGCAGGAACCCAUAGCACGAAAGGUGGUAGAUCAUGGAAUGUUAACAAGUUACUUGAGAGUUGAAAUCUACUUAACUGAGCUUAAAUUAGCUAAAUAUCCUGAAGUAGAGAAGACACACCUACAGAAAUUCAGCAAAAGAGACACACUUGAAAAUGUUGAAAAAGUCCUUAGGGAGGUAUUCCAGAUCCCUGAAAAUACAAAUAUUCAUCUAUGGACAAAAUCCAGCAAUCAGACUUAUGAAGAACUACCCAUGAAAAAGCAAUCAAUCCAAGAACUAAGCCUAAUGAGCAAUCAAACCUUAGUGGCUGAAGUGCAAAAUGAGGAUGGAUCUUGGCCGCGAAAGUCUUCUUAUUCUAAAAGAUCAACCGCCGUUGUAGCUUAUUCAUCCAAUCGCUACAGCGAUGGAGAUUCAUCGAGUUCCCGUUCCGUACAACCGGGUCGUUGUGGGCUAAAUAAUCUGGGAAACACUUGUUUUAUGAAUUCUGUGUUACAAUGUAUGUCAAACACUCCGCCAAUUCAACGCUAUUUUCUAGAGGAGCGUCAUUGGGCUGAAUUAAACAAGGAGAAUCCUCUGGGCAAUCAAGGCGAAAUUGCGAAAGCAUUUGCCGAUCUUUUAAAAGCAAUGUGGUCUGGUCAACACCAUUCCUUUCCACCUAGAGCAUUCAAGUUGCAAGUCGGUAGAUUUGCUCCGCAGUUUUCAGGGUAUCAGCAACAUGACUCACAGGAAUUACUAACCUUUCUCCUGGAUGGCUUACACGAAGAUUUGAAUCGGAUUUUGAAGAAGCCUUACAUUGAACUCAAGGACGCUGACGGGCGUUCAGACGAGGAAGUGGCUCGUGAAGGUUGGGAAAACUACCGAAAACGUAACGAUUCCGUGAUAGUUGACCUCUUCCAUGGAUUGUUGAAAUCAACAUUGGUCUGCCCGGAGUGCAACAAAGUCUCGGUUACCUUUGACCCAACUUGUUAUUUAUCUUUACCAAUGCCAGUGAAAAAGGAAAGACCAGUCGAAUUAUAUUUGGCACGCUUAGACCCUGAGGUGAAGGCUAUGCGCUAUCGAGUGAUUGUGCCGAAAAUGGGCACAAUAUUAGAUUUGACUGAAGCCUUAUCCAAGCUCUGUGGAAUUCCCGCUGAUCACAUGAUUGUAGCUGAUGUCCAUCAGCAUAAAUUCCACCAGAUCUUUACAAACGAAAGCAGUAUUUCUCAAAUCAGUGAGCGUGAUGUCAUCUAUGCGUAUGAAUUGCCGGAAAAACUGGGUACACCUGGCACUUGCUGUCUGAGUGUCUAUUUAAAAGAAGUGAAAACAAGGAACAAUUACGGAUACGGCAGCAUGUUCGGUGUUCCCUUUAUUCUUCAAGUGCCUCGUGAGGGAAUGGACUACGAUAAGCUGUACCGGCUGAUAAUUACUCGGAUGAAACGUUACUUAAAAACAGUAGAUGAAGAUCCAGCAGCUCCAACAUCAGCUGAUGCGGUCACGAAUGUGCCGUCUAGUAUCCCGAACUCUUGUGAGAGUGAGAUGGACACUGAAGAAGCCGACUUAUCCCUCGAAAACGGCAAUGAAGCGCAUCCCAUGGAAACCAAUGGAAUAGAGCCUGUUGCAAAUCAGUCCCAACCCAAGCGAAUCUUCACUAUGGAUUUGGUCAACUUAAGCGGGAAUACGAGCCUUGGCAAACUGAAGCAAAAUGGAAAACCCAUUUCUCUUGCUGCCAAAAACUUCUUAACCUGCGAAUGGGAACCAGCUGUUAAGGAAGCUAGUUAUGACGCCGAAUCUGCCGAAGACUAUAAUGAAGAUGCAUCUUCACAACAAAGAGUAAAUGUUAAAAAGCAAGUCCUUCAGCUUAAGGAGUGCCUUGAAGUUUUUACUUCUAUUGAACGUCUUGGGGCUGAUGAUGCAUGGUACUGUCCUUCCUGUAAAAAGCAUGUGCGAGCGACUAAGAAAUUUGACUUGUGGUCUUUACCCGAAGUCCUUGUCAUUCAUUUAAAACGCUUUUCGUACACGCGAUCCCUGCGAGAUAAAUUGGAUACGUUGGUAGAAUUUCCAACUCGCGGAUUGAAUAUGGCCCCUUAUAUUAUCGAUCCGAACCCGACGGAUGCCGUUUACGAUCUAAUCGGAGUCUGUAACCAUUAUGGAGGACUGGGCGGCGGUCACUAUACUGCGUACGCUAAGAACAAAGAUGAUGGAAGUUGGUACUACUUUGAUGAUAGUAGUGUCUCUGAAUCUAGCGAGGAUUCCGUCUGCACGAAAGCUGCCUAUGUUUUGUUCUAUAUUCAGCGGAACCAAAAUAGCCGGUGGAUUGAUAAUGUAAGACCUCCAUUGACAAAGUCUUCCCCAGCACCCGUCCACAAGACGCACGCGAAGCGAAAUUCAGCAAAUGACAGCGAGGAGGAAAUGGACUCAAGUUGAUUGCACCUAUUUGUUUUAUCGCUUUCAAUGCUAGUCCUUUCUCGUGCUGUGCUUUGUACAGAGCGUUUGGGAAUGAAACUUGUUGGAUAUUUGGUGUUUAUUACACAUUACCAUUCAA